GGCGGGCAGGGGACGGCCGCCCGCAGCUGACCGCCCCUCCCCGCCCAGUCCUCCUCACUGUCCCAGCUCCGCGGCGGGCCGGGCGUCCUCCUUCAGUCCGGGAGCCACGCUGCGCCGAGCAGUCGAGCACCGGAGAUGUGGAAGCUGAGCCGAAGUCGAGUGCUUCUGGACGAGCCCCCCGAGGAAGAGGACGUGCUGCGAGGGGCACCGCUGGCAUCAGCAGCCGCCCCGGCGUCGGGAGCAAGUCUCAGGGGCUGGAAAGAAGCAACUUCUCUGUUUAAUAAAGAUGACGAAGAACAUCUCCUCGAGACUUCCAGAUCCCCCAAGUCCAAAGGAACUAACCAACGACUAAAAGAAGAGCUGAGGGCAGAGAAGAAAUCAGGAUUUUGGGACGCCUUGGUUUUGAAACAGAAUGUCCAGCCUAAAAAACCAGAUCAGAUCGAAGGUUGGGAGCCUCCCAAACUUACUGCUGAAGACGUGGUCGCCGACCCUACCGAGGAUGGUACAAGUGGCUGCCCACCCUGGUCUGCCUGGGAGGACGAUAUCAAGGGCUCUACCAAGUACACCAGCCUCGCCAACUCAGCCAGCAGCUCCCGCUGGAGCCUCCGGUCAGCAGGGAAGCUGGUCAGCAUCAGGCGACAGAGCAAAGGCCACCUGACAGAGACCUGCGAGGAAGCAGAGUGAACUGAAGGAGCUCCACGGGGACAUCACAUUGCUUUUAUGGUUGGCAAGCCCGCCAGCCACCUCUAGUGCACCAUUAAUUCUUGAACCCUCUCAUAGCCCAGGGAAGGAACCCACUGAGUUGCUAGUAUUUUGUGCUCAGUGACCCACACACCAUGGCUUCCGGGUGACAUCUGGUUGCCUUGCUGCAGAAACAUCCACCCACUGGGUGCGUAUAUGCUGAAUGGAUGUGUGCGUCGUAGACACUGUCCUGUGAGCCAGUCUCCUCUAAGGUUCAUGCCAGCCUCAGUCACUUGAGUUUUUAGGACGUUCCCCAUCUUGUCUCUGCAUGCGACAUGAGUGCUGUGGCUAACUGAACAUGGCCUCUGUGGCACCCUCUCCCUUUUUCAGACUACAAGAAGCAUCUUCCAAAGGUUACAGUAAUUCAGUUUAACAAUAGAUUCAUUUUUCCUUAAGUUAAAAACAAAACAAAAUCUAGAUGCUAGAAGCAACUGAAGGUGGUUUGAGGUAGGGUGUCAGGACAUCUUGAGGGGCGCAUCUGCUGAGGAGGAGUGGCCUGCAGUGUGGGCCUGGGUGGCAAGUAGCUCUUUUAUGGAAUUCUAUUUUUACUUUUGAACAUUUAAAUACAGAUCUUUAUUUUCUUCAAAUAAAUGUUGAUUUUAUUAAACUUAAAGAUGGAAGAAAUACUAGGAAUAAAUUUUAGUCACCCAGUAAUCUUAACUUUGCUCAGAAAACAUUAACUUGCUCACUGUAGAGUUAAACUGUAGAUAAAACACUGAAGUGCCUCGUUUCUAUUCUUCUCAGAUGUUUAGUUUUUCAAAAUGAGAAACUUUUAUGAUUGAUGUGAAAUCUAUAAGAAGUGUGUAUACCCCCUAGUUCUGCCAGUCUCACACGCUGACUCUCCUCAGUUGUGUAUGGGUAGGGUUGCACUCUCAGAAGGGGAUGUUCAGGUGGUGGGCAUGAUUGUCUUGUUUUCCAGUUACAGUGCUUGGACAGGGAAGCCAUGGUUCUCUUUGUUUUGGUUAAGAAUUUAAAAAGCCUCUAGUCACACUGUCCUCGAGUCUCCACAGUGUAAGCACCAUGCUUUGUGUACCUGGGUGUCCCACACAAUGUUCUGUGGCACAGCUGAGUGGCCCGGGUUUACUAGAUCUACCUGUCAUCCACAGCUGCCUACCUGUCUAUCCACCACCCAGCUUGCCAGCCACCCACACUCAUCCGUCUGUCCACCCAUAAACCGAGCUGUUAGUCUUCUAAAAAUAGAACAAUAAGUUUACUUAGUGAGCUCUGAGAGGAGGGUUCAAAUAAAAACUGUCAACACCUGGACGUUGUGAAAGUAUGGAGAUUUGAUUCAUGACGCAAAGCGUGUACUUUUUUCUAUAACAUGUGAGUGUGAAAAUCUAUCCUCAGGUAACCAGUUGAGUGCAUGAGCUCUGACUCUCUCCUCUUCAAAACGAGGUAACUGCAGGAUGGGAGGGAAGAGCAGGCUCACGCUGCUGCCCAAAGCAGGACCCCACUGGUGUGUCUGGCUAACCACCUGGGGCCCAGGAAUACAAACCCAGCCUUGAGAAUGUAGGGAAGGAGCUCUUGAACACACAGCCUCUGUCUGUGUUCACUGGCCGGUGCUGAGUGCUAAGCGCCUGUAGCUACUCUCUGCGCCUGCCCGUGUGCCUGAGAUGCAGUGUUGCGUGGUGACACAGGGACUUUUACCCUGUCUCCCCUCAGGAGGUGACGAUGCACUGUAAACCAGAAAGAUUAAUUACAAAUGAUUUUUUUCUUCUGUUGUAUCAAAUUAAAAUGUCUUGUGUUCGAGA